UAAUUUGUUCCUUCACGAAACCUUUAUUAAAAAGAAAAAAAAAAGGUUCCAAUCGCGAGUGCAUCGAUAUUUGUGAUCUUCUCGCAAUCAAACUUCUGAUUGGGAGAGGCUAAUGGACGAGGUGAUGACAGUGGCGGACGCCGGCGGAAGCAGGUCGUUGAACGGAUCCCCUUCGUCGCAGAAUCUCCUUCCCCACAAUCUUCCCCUCUUAUCCGCUUUCCUUGCAUUCGCCCUCGCUCAGUUCCUCAAAGUCUUCACUAAUUGGUACAAAGAAAAGAGAUGGGACUCUAAAAAGAUGAUCAGUUCUGGUGGAAUGCCUUCCUCUCACUCUGCUACCGUCACUGCCUUAGCUCUUGCCAUUGCCCUUGCAGAAGGUGCUGGAUCACCCGCUUUUGCUAUCGCUCUUGUCUUGGCCUGCGUUGUAAUGUAUGAUGCCUCUGGGGUCAGGCUUCAUGCUGGUCGUCAAGCUGAGCUACUGAAUCAAAUUGUUUGUGAGUUUCCGUCCGAGCAUCCGUUAUCCACAGUUAAACCCUUGCGUGAACUGCUCGGCCACACUCCUAUCCAGGUUGCAGCCGGUGCUGUUUUUAGGAUGCGUGGUACUUAUUUGAUGAGGAGCGCAAGCUAGUUGCUACACAAAAACGAAUCCAAGAAUUUUUUUGAAAUCAUAGACCCUUGAGAAAAUUCAUCAGUGAUCAAGCUGUGGGUAGAUUAUUGAAGUAAAUGGAAAUUGUUAAAUCUGUGUAAUAUAGAGAUCAUAGUUUAAGAAAAUUGUCCUCAAGUGAAAGUGAACUGACUUGUCGUUAUUGUUUAUGCUAUUUCUCUUUUUCUAAUAUUAUUAUUACCUUCUUUUGUGUGUUU